AUGGAUCAACCCUGGGAAAACGCCGAGCACGAGGGCAUUGUCCCCUCGGACGAGUUCGCUUCUUUCCUCGAGUUUAAUGGCAUGAACAAUAUGCAGUUUGAACUUGAGCACGGAACACAUUCCCAGUCGCAUCACAGCCCAAUGGUGCCUUCCACCAGCGCACCGCCCUCCGUCUCUAUGCAGCAACCUCAGCAAAACUCGCAAUUCGUAACCGCCAUGGCUAUCGACGGCAUGUUCCAGCACCAGUCGGGUCCAAUGCCUUACUCGACCCCUCAGUUAACCCCCGGUUUCGAAGGCCAGGAUUCAUCUUCCCAGCAAUACAUGGCCAGCCAACCGAUGAUUCCACCGACUCCCAACAGCAUCGAGCUGCAGGCAAAUGCCGCCCGUUAUCCCCAUCGCGUCGAUGAGACCCCCGAUAUGUACGACCGGUAUCAGUCGCGGGUCAACGAAGAACAGGCCCUCUACACUCCCCUGGUAUCCCCCGCCAUGACUCCGUUAGAAAGCCAAUUUCGACUACCGGAGUAUACCAUCCUGGGGGAAUAUUUCACUCCGCUCACAUCUCCGGCUCUGGAGGCCCAAAAUUCCAACAAUUCCAAUGGCUAUUCUCUCUCCACUCCCGACAAGUUUCCGAUGUCGGGUUUGUCCCAACCAGUGCAGAAUCGCAAAGUCAAGCAGUCUCCUUCCAUUCGAGCGCAGACGCAGCGGAGAGGCAAGCCCCUCCCCAGUCCAGAAGAGUUCUACAACAACCUGGCACACGAGUUGAAUAAACCCCCAAACCAUGAUCGCUUCCUCCUCCACGCAAAUCCCCCCGCCAUUACUCCCCUAGCUCAGUCGCCCGGUUUUGCUGCUACUCCCGCGACACUCAUGCGCAUCUCACGAUCACAGCAUUCCCAAGGGUCACCCGGUCAGUUCACCGGCCAAGCACAGCUCGAGUACCAGGAUGAGAUGAUGGAGGACAUCUCCCUUCCGGAGGCUGCUACUGGACUGGCUCCCCGACCAAAAGUGAAUCAAAUCGAUACGAGCGUUCACACGGGCACCGCCAGUCCGGUUGUAUCAGCCAAUGGCACCCCAUCGCUAGAACCGCGGUCCGGCGCUCUCGUUAGCCCACGCACAGCUGCUAUGCCAUCACCAAGCGGGCCAGUCCCAAGAGGAGAUACAUCCCGAGCAUCUAUCUCGAGUCGCAAAAGACCAAGUGUCAGUUCAACACAGGCUAGUCCGCAAUUACGCCCAAAGAUCAGCCCCAAUAUUCAGCCAUUGAUGAGAGGGGCUGGCCUUUCGCAAGACGCUCUCUACCUAGCCUCCAAGUCAAACUAUCAACAUAUUCUGGACGGUACCCUGCCCUCGGGCGUCUCAUAUCCGGAAACAUUGGCGGAGAACCUGAGCUCCAAGCGCACCAACCACAAGCUGGCAGAGCAAGGUCGCCGAAACCGUAUAAACAGUGCCCUCAAAGAGAUUGAAUCGUUGAUCCCACCGGAGUUCAUUCAAGCUCGGCAAGCCAAAGAAGCCGCUGUGAAUCAGGCUCGGCAAACUAAAGAGGCUGCUUCAAAUCAAAACCGACAAGCAAAGGAGACCGCAGCAAACCCUAUUAGCAAAGCAAGUGCUGUUGAGAUGGCCAUCGACUAUAUCAAAGAUCUCCAGCAGAAUUUACAAACUACAACGUCAAAGCUUGCUGCCCUUGAAGCCCAGCUCCGAUCCACUCACGAAGACGGAGAUGCUUCUGCCGUUCCCCCGGAAACAGCCAUCAACGGUGCCGGGUCCAAUUCCGAAGAAAAGAACUCAUCUGAGCUUUCGAUGAGUAAACCUGAAUGA